AUAAAGAAUCAUGAUUACCUCUGAAAAGAUUUAUAUAAGGGAGCCAGUUGAAGAUAUCAUUUUCCACCUAUUCAAACUAAACCAGUUGAAGAUGGCAUUUUCCAUCUUCAAACUUUUCCUAUCAUCAAUCAUUCUUUGUACCAUGUUGCAGCCAUACACUGAAGCUCUCAGAAAGACCUAUAUUGUAUACUUGGGAGAACAUUCUCACGGUCCAAAUCCUUCCCUUCGUGAUCUUGAGUCAGCCACAAAUUCUCACCAUGAUUUACUGGCUCCAGUCCUGGGAAGCCUUGAGAAAGCAAAGGAAGUAGUGAUGUACUCGUACAAUAAGCACAUAAAUGGCUUUGCUGCACAGCUUGAAGAGGAAGAGGCAUCAGAGAUUGCAAAACACCCAAGUAUAAUUUCUGUGUUCUUGAGCAAAGUGUAUAAAUUGCACACUACCAGAUCAUGGGACUUUCUUGGGAUGGAAAAAUAUGGAGGAAUUCCUGCAGAAUCAGCUUGGUGGAAGGGAAAAUUUGGAGAAGAUACAGUUAUUGGUAAUCUGGAUUCAGGCGUUUGGCCCGAACACCCAAGUUUCAGCGACAACGGAUAUGGUCCUCUGCCAUCAACGUGGCGUGGGAACGGAGUCUGUCAGAUUGACCAUGUUUCUCUUCCAAACAAGACAUUCUGUAACAGGAAGUUGAUUGGAGCAAGAAUCUUCAGCAACGGUUACGAGGCACAGAAUGGGAAACUCGAUCCUUCAAAACACACGGCACGUGACUUUGUUGGCCACGGCACCCAUACCAUGUCAAUUGCUGCUGGUAACUUUGCUCCUGGUGCAACUGUCUUUGGCAAUGGCAAUGGCACUGCAAAGGGUGGAUCCCCAAAGGCUCGUAUCGCUGCAUACAAAGUGUGUUGGUCUACAAAUGAUGCUGGUAGCUGCCAUGAAGCAGACAUUCUACAAGCGUUUGAUCAUGCCAUAAAUGAUGGUGUUGAUGUCAUCUCUGCUUCCAUCGGUGGCUCUAAUCCUUAUAUUGAAGCCUUCUUCACAGAUGGGAUUUCCAUAGGGGCAUUCCAUGCAGUUGCUAGAAACAUAGUUGUAGUUUGCUCUGCUGGGAACGAUGGACCAGCACCUAGAACUGUCGUAAAUGUUGCACCCUGGACUUUCACAGUUGCUGCCAGUACAAUCGACAGGGAUUUUUUCACCAACAUUUCUCUUGGUAAAAAUCACCACCUUAAGGGAGCCAGUCUUAAUAGAGGCUUACCAUCACGGAAAUAUUAUCCAUUGGUUCAUGCUGCCAAUGCUGGACUUCUUAAUGCGACAAUUGAUGACGCUCGACUUUGCAAACCGGGAACGCUUGAUACUACCAAAAUAAAGGGAAACAUAUUGAUCUGCAUUCGACGUGAUAAAACAUCAUCAAUAGCUCAGAGUUACGAAGCUGGUAAUGCUGGCGCAGUGGGAGUGUUUGUGGUCAAUGACGACAAAAGUGGCAACACACUUCUAGCCGAGCCUUAUAGUAUACCAGGUGCAAAUGUAGAUCCCUAUGAGGACGCGGAUAUAGAUGAACGUGAAUGGUGGGGAAAAGGAGGUUCCGACAAGAACAAUAGCAGGAAACUUGCUGCUUACAUGACUGUAGCAAGAACACAUUUAGGUAUAAAACCUGCUCCAAUUAUGGCUGGAUUCUCAUCCAAGGGUCCCAGUGCAGUGCAGCCAUUGAUACUUAAGCCAGACGUAACUGCCCCUGGUGUGAACAUAUUGGCGGCUUAUUCACUAGCCGCAAGUCCAUCAAAUCUACCAUCAGAUAGACGCCGUAUUCCUUUCAAUAUGCAACAGGGAACUUCUAUGUCAGGCCCUCAUGUUGCUGGUAUCGCAGGUCUUCUCAAAACACUUCAUCCUGAUUGGAGUCCAGCAGCUAUUAAAUCAGCCAUUAUGACUACUGCUACCACACUAGAUAACAACAACCUACCGAUUCGGGAUGCAUUUGAUCAGAUAGCAAGUCCGUUUGAUUAUGGCUCCGGACAUAUUCAACCUAACCAUGCAAUGGACCCUGGACUUGUAUAUGACAUGAGAACAAGGGAUUACUUGAACUUCAUAUGCGCUCAUGAUCACAGCCAAACUUUUCUCAGAUACUUUAACAGCAUCUCGUACAAUUGCCCAGAGUCCUACAACAUUGAAAAUCUUAACUAUCCUUCUAUCACGGUAGCAAAUCGAGGGAUGAACCCUAUAAAUGUUACUCGGACAGUUACCAAUGUGGGGACUCCAACAAGCACAUAUGUUGUGAGAGCUAACAUAACUGAAGGAUUUAAGGUUCUUGUUGAACCAAGUUCAUUGUCUUUUAAGACUAUUGGAGAAAAGAAGACAUUUCGGGUUAUUCUUCAGGCAAUGAGUUGGCCCAGUAACGGUUUUCCAGUAUUUGGGAACUUGUCUUGGACAGAUGGAAAUCACACAGUAACCAGUCCUAUUGUAGUUCUUUAACCUCAGAAAUUACUCUCAAGAAUGACAUCAUUACCAUCUUAGUAUGCUUUUGUGUUUGAUUUUAUUAG